ACUAUUAUAACAUAAACAUAAACUAGGGUUUUCGGUUUGUACUGUAUCAGACGGCGGAAACCACAAACAGCAACCAUGGUUCGUAUGCACAGCAGUGGUAACGGUAUAUCCUCCUCCGCUUUGCCGUACAAAAGAACUUCUCCUAGCUGGCUCAAGAUCUCUUCCCAAGAUGUUGAUGAGAAUAUUUGCAAGUUUGCUAAGAAGGGUUUGACUCCUUCUCAGAUCGGUGUUAUUCUUCGUGAUUCUCAUGGUAUUGCUCAGGUUAAGAGCGUUACCGGCAGCAAAAUCCUCCGUAUCCUCAAAGCUCACGGACUUGCACCUGAGAUUCCUGAGGAUCUGUACCAUUUGAUUAAGAAGGCUGUUUCAAUCCGUAAGCAUCUUGAGAGGAACAGAAAGGACAAGGACUCAAAGUUCAGACUCAUCCUUGUUGAGAGCAGAAUCCACCGUCUUGCUCGCUACUACAAGAAAACUAAGAAGCUUCCCCCUGUCUGGAAAUACGAAUCAACAACUGCCAGCACUUUGGUUGCUUAGAGAUUGUAUGCUUUCCGGUAACAGAGGGUUGCUACACUUGUUAUCUGCUAGGUCAUUUUGAAGUUUAUCUGGAGACUAGAUGGGCCAUGCAAUUUCUUAUUUUGUUAUAAACCUUUGAUUAAGCUUAAAGAUGUUAUUUUACCUUGACUGCGUUGUAUUCUUUUCAAGUAUAACAUAUUAAACAGUUUUGGAAGUUAUUUUAAAUGAUCUUCGUAUUUCUGCA